CCUCCUUUUAUUGUGAGAGCCUCAGAAUGCUAGUAUUGUCUGUGGGCGCGGCAUCACAUCACAAGCUAUCAUAUUAGUGCGUUGUUUUUCGGUGUUGGUUAAUGUUGCUUUACUGCUACAUAGUCUCAGGUUCUCUAUCUGCGUUCUUAUUCACAGGUUUGUAGCGGCGUGCAGCGAGUGAGGGUAUUUGCGCUACUCGGAGUGACUGGUCAGACCAGGGGGAAAACGGGACCGGAGCUUUUCUGUUUUUUUUUCUGACAUUGUUAAUAAUUUUCAUAAUUCCUUGGAGGAAUAAACUCCAUUUAAAGACUUCAGAAGGGUACUUGUGCGUUCAUCAACAGCGCAUACAAGUGUUCCAACAAUCCUCACCAUGGAGGCCAUUGCCAAAUACGAUUUCAAAGCCACUGCAGAUGAUGAGUUGAGUUUUAAACGCGGAGAGACGUUGAAGGUUUUGAAUGAAGAAUGUGACCAGAACUGGUACAAGGCAGAGCUGAAUGGGAAAGAAGGCUUCAUCCCCAAAAACUACAUAGAAAUGAAGGGACACCCGUGGUUCUAUGGUAAGAUCCCCCGGGCGAAGGCAGAGGAGAUGCUGAACAAACAGAGGCACGAUGGGGCCUUCCUCAUCCGAGAGUCGGAGAGCGCACCGGGAGACUUCUCCCUCUCUGUCAAGUUUGGUAAUGACGUGCAGCACUUCAAGGUCCUGCGUGACGGGGCUGGGAAGUACUUCCUGUGGGUGGUCAAGUUCAACUCUCUCAACUCCCUGGUGGACUACCACCGUUCCACCUCUGUGUCCCGCAACCAGCCCAUCUUCCUCAGGGACAUCGAGCAGGUCCCACAGCAUUCAACGUACGUGCAGGCGCUGUUUGACUUUGACCCUCAGGAGGACGGCGAGCUGGGCUUCCGACGCGGCGACUUCAUCCAGGUCCUGGACAACUCCGACCCCAACUGGUGGAAAGGGGCUUGCCACGGCCAGACAGGCAUGUUCCCGCGCAACUACGUCACGCCGGUCAACCAAAACAUGUGAUUGGCUAAGUGAAUAAUGACAUGGCCCCCCUCGUCCCCCAUUGUCCCAUUUACACCCCCUCAGAACUUUGAGGGACACUUCAGAAACAGACCUAAAUGAGGAAUGGAAGAAUGGGAAGAGGAACAAAAAUCCUGCAAAUACACAGAGCAAGAGGCAGAUUUCAUUACUCAGACUCUACAGUUGAUUCUGUGGAUUCUUGGACACACGGAACAGAGAAGCAUUGCAAAGGAACCUAAGUUGAAGUAAAAAAACAAACACAAGGGAUCCGGCUGUAGCUCGACUCCGGCAACGACCUCCCUUCUUAUACGUUCUUUGUUUUCUUUCAUUAUGCAUAACAUCACCAUCAUAUGUUACAGUCUAUUAGACAAAGACAAUGAAGAAGAUGUCAGAGACCAAAGACUCUAGUCUAGUGUGUUAUUGAUCUCAACCCAGCUUUGGGAGAGAAGGACCAUGGACUGGAGAGAAAUUCUAUUGUUAUCGAUGUGUAUGUAUAUCUCUAAAUAUUUGUAGUUUGAGCCCGUUUUAGUGUGUUUUUUUUUCAUUCAUUUACUUGAUUUCUUCCCUAUUUGUAGACCUACAUAUUGUCGUUUUCUAGGAUCAUAUUAAUUUAGUACCAAAUGGAAGAAAAUAGACAGGGAGGAUCUACCUGAACUGAAUAAGAAACACUCAUUUUUGUUUUCCGUUGCAAAACGUCUUGUUGCGUUUUGAAACUGUGCACUAAUUGAUAUGACCCAGAUCAUGCACAGAGUCUCUGAGACAAGAAGCUAAAUGGUUUUCAUGUGAUUGGGAGUUAUGCAAUAAUCUCAAGACAGAAAUUAUAUUUCAAUAAUAUUUCAGGUGGAAAUCUAAAUCUAAUUUGGAAAAUGUCAGGAUUUCUACUUUGUUCUGGUGUGAAAGCGGAAGCGCGGCCAUCAGCUAGAACAAAUGGUGUCAUUUUUUACCCAUUUAGGCAUUUAGUGGCUUUCUGCAUUCUUAAAUGUGGCCAUCGUUCUCAAAAAAAUCAUAGACAAUGGUAUAGAGUUUUAUGUCCAUCCGCAAUCAAUAGACUUAACUGAUGAUGGGGCUGAUUCAAUAUGACCUAAAUGUAGCUAAAUUGGGUCGUAGGGGUUCUUUAUGGAGAUUGCUAGUGGUUGACUGGGUUGAAACGGCAGUAUCCUUAUAAUCAUUAGUUCUAUGAAAGAAGGUAUUGAAUAGUGCUACACUCACUGAUUUCACCCUGCGUUUGUGGAAGUUGGGUAGUGCCUUUUCCAUCUCUGCUGUUUUUUGUCUCUCCAGGUUGACCAAUGAGUGCUUUUUUAAGCAGCAGAUCGCAGAGAUACGGUGACCAAUACAAUGUCUCCAUUCUCCACACAUGCCGGCCAUUGGUUAGGAGCUACCUUAUGGAAACCCCAGUCUGAAUCUCUAAACCCGUCUCAGCUCUGCAGUCUCUUCUGUCUCACUUUCAAGUAUGAUCAUUCGAUGAAAGAGAAACAUAAUGUUUUGUGCCAGAGAGUGUUGUUAUGUAGUGUUUCCCUUGAGAAAUGACUAAAUGGUUUGAUGUAAAUGUGCAGUGUGGAUCUAUGUUUAACAGAAGGACAUGCGUAUGACAGUCUUGUUUUGUCUGAUUAUGGGACGUAUCAAAAGGGCUUUUGGAAUUCUAUGCGAUUAGAUGCGAACACAUGAUCUGUCGGUUUGGUUGCGUCUAAAGGGGGACAUUUUUUGACAGCGGGCAAAAAGAAGUCACAGAAAAAGGUAGUUUAGCGUUACCUGAAAGAGGGGGCAUGAAUUGUCAUAAAGACCAACGUAAGUGCUUGAUCUGGGCAACAUCUUAAGUAUUUAUCCUUCAGUCAGUGUCUGCUUGUGACGGAGGCAGAAUGGAAUCCUCCAUCUUGAUAAAGAAAAUAAAGGACCAAUGAUGCUGACAAACUGACUCUAGAUCAGAACGACUAGCGCAACGGGUGGGUCAAUGACCUCUAUUGAACUCUGUGUCCUCAACUCUCUACUUUGGACCUUUUGAGAAUCUUGAAGAGGACUUCAAAUGCAAGGAAUUCCAUAUGAUCUCUCCUCCACUCUGCUUGUUAUUCCCUAUCUACACUCUUUGAUUUGGAAAACUACUCGAAUAUGCUUUAUGGUUUGUUGAAGUAAAAUGGCUGAAAUACACGAAGAGGCAGGUCUGAAGGGAAUAUGCAGGGAGGGGACCAUGCAAGUUUUUCAAUGUUAUUUCUAGCCUGCAAUGAACUGCAAUGAGCCAUUCCAAUGAACUGAUAGUCUGAUUGACUUGCAGGUGUUUGAAAAUGCAAGGGCAGGAGAAACCUUGCUUACGUGGUUUCCUAAUGAACUGUAGCCUGGCUAUGUGUUGCCUUGCUGUUGUUGCAAAGCCCCCCCCCCGAUUCAAAGUUCACCAUGUCACACUAUGUAAAAAAAAAAGCACUAAAGUGUGACGCCUGUGUGUAUUUUCUGUACGUGACAUGUAUUUACCUCUUCAGGUGUGUCUGUAUUCUCAGCCAAUCAUAUGACAUGUAUGACCCUGAGGUUUUCCUGACCAUCUGAUCUGGAGUAUUUCCAAGUCAUGUCACGUGUUCAGGAAAAAUUCCUGGCCCUAGACCUUAUGUGAUUACAGGGGUCAAUGUUUCAGCAGGUAUAGAGUUGAGACUGGUAUCCUAUUGGUUGACUCUUGGCCUGGUUGAACCAGAUUGAACGCUGCGUUCGACAUUCAGUGUCUUCUACCAGGCUAGUUGACGCUACCAGACGGUUCAGUGUCUUCUACCAGGCUAGUUGACGCUACCAGACGGUUCAGUGUCUUCUACCAGGCUAGUUGACGCUACCAGACGGUUCAGUGUCUUCUACCAGGCUAGUUGACGCUACCAGACGGUUCAGUGUCUUCUACCAGGCUAGUUGACGCUACCAGACGGUUCAGUGUCUUCUACCAGGCUAGUUGACGCUACCAGACGGUUCAGUGUCUUCUACCAGGCUAGUUGACGCUACCAGACGGUUCAGUGUCUUCUACCAGGCUAGUUGACGCUACCAGACGGUUCAGUGUCUUCUACCAGGCUAGUUGACGCUACCAGACGGUUCAGUGUCUUCUACCAGGCUAGUUGACGCUACCAGACGGUUCAGUGUCUUCUACCAGGCUAGUUGACGCUACCAGACGGUGGAUUCCGCUGCUCUCAAGGGGCCUGAUAAAUAGGACCCAGUCCAAAACUUUAUCUAUUUACGCGGUCUCUCGGUUCCUGGACAGCCUUGCACUCUCCCAUGGUCAAUAUUUACUCUCUCCUCAGUCAGUCAGUCAUUCAUUAUAGUGCGAAGGCCGCCAGCAAGUGUACCAUUCAUUAAGCCUAGUUAAAUAUGACAUAACACUGCACUCGGCACUCACUAUUUGUUUCACUUCGGUGACAAUAGUCUCCAGUCUGCUACCAGUAUCAUUCUAUGGUUUAUUUCCUCGUCCAUUUGCAGCCGUCCGACUCGUUAUUCCGGAGUGGGAUCAUACGGUGGUUGACACCUAAGACGAUGUGAUUGUUUACCUUAUGCUGGAAAGUCUUUGUAUGUAUAUCUGACAUGGUUGCUUUAUGAUGUCAUUUCAUGAUGUGCGUGAAUUAAAAACGUUUCCGUUUUCAAACCGGAGGAUGAUGAUGUCCCUGGAUGUCUGUCACAGCAUUUAAUUUCCUUUGAACGUAGAUCGACGACAACAGAAUAAUAAAACAAUCACUAUGAAGAAGCU